AUGAAGAGGAUCUGCAAUGUGAAGAAAGUGAUGUCCAAAGCUCCAGGUCCACUCACUCCAACAGCAUCAAAGUUACUUGAGAGAAAUAGGGAAGCUUCAGUCCAAUAUAGAGCUAGAUGGAAUGGGACUGCAAAGUAUGAAGUUUAUGGUCCUUGGCAUGACCAGCAUGUGGUUGACAUGACAAAUAUGUUAUGUACAUGUAGAAGGUGGGAAUUGAAUGGGAUUCCAUGCAGGCAUGCCAUAGCUACAAUACAUGAAAUGGCUGAUAGUGGAGACAAUGUUGGGGAGCUUUACACUUAUGUCAACAAAGUGUAUUGGCUUCAAACAUGGAAUGAAGCUUACUCUUACACUGUGGACCCUAUAAAGGGUAGAGCCAUGUGGCCAAAAAGUACAUGUCCAUUUCAAUUAACACCACCACCACAUCACAAUCAACCUGGAAGACCUAAGACCAAGAGAAAGAGAAGUGCAGAUGAAAAAUAUGAUAAACAGAUGCAAAAUCAUGGUGCAGGUGAACCUGAAAAACUUACCAGAAAGUUUGUUAGUGUCAGGUGUGGGAAAUGCAACAAUAGGGGUCAUAACUCAAGGACGUGCAAGGGCCAAGGUGGGAAUGCAGGAAGCAAUGAAGGAGGGAAUGCAGGAAGUAUUCAAGGAGGGAAUACAUGA